AUGUCAACUUCAAAAAUAUAUUUGUUAGCCGCUUCUCCAAGUAAAGUGGUUACAGCAGUGUUCCGAUUUCAUUUAAACCUUUUGAACGGACCACUUUUAGCGUAUCUGUUUCCUGAAACAGACACUAGAAUUCUGCCAUUAGAAUCGGCCAUUUAUUGGAUCCAGCAUGGAAUGAUGUUCGUUGUGCCUUAUUAUCUGUUACGACUCGGAGGUGUAUACAACGUAGAAGAAUUUUCCGAUUACACGUGGAGCGCUAUUAGUUACAGUAUUAAUUUGAUAUACCAUUUUGUUGUUCUCCAGGGAGUAGCUUUACCCACUCAAGUGAAUCUAAACCACAUGCUGUGCCCAGCAGUCCUUGAUCCCUUCGACGGUCAGAUGUACAGGAUAUGCGCCGUCGUUCACCAAGCAUUCCUCUGCCCAGUAUUAUGUAAGUUGUUCUGCGCCGUAUCAGCGUUCUUUUUAACGAAGUUUCGACCCACCAAAGUGAAGACUACGUUGUGCUGCGAGGUGUCAGCGCCAAGCAACAACGGUGAUACUUUAGAUGUUACACAUCAACAUGAGGAGUAG